CCUCGUCGCCGUCCCGCCCUCGCCCGCAAACCCAAACACUCCGGGUGCUGGUGCUCGUGAUCUCCCUGUGGUCGCUCGGCGGAGAGAUGCUGCUGCUGGCCGCCGCCGGCCUCGUGGCCUUCGUGCUGCUUCUUUAUAUGGUGUCGCCGCUCAUCAGCCCCAAGCCCCUGGCGCUGCCCGGCGCGCACGUAGUGGUCACAGGAGGGUCCAGUGGCAUCGGAAAGUGCGUUGCUAUCGAGUGCUUUAAACAAGGAGCAUUUAUAACUCUGGUUGCACGAAAUGAGGACAAGCUGCUGCAGGCGAAGAAAGAAAUUGAAAAACAUUCUAUUAAUGAUAAACAGGUGGUGCUUUGUAUCUCAGUCGAUGUGUCUCAAGACUAUAACCAAGUGGAGAAUGUCAUAAAGCAGGCACAAGAGAAGCUGGGUCCUGUGGACAUGCUGGUCAACUGUGCGGGGACGUCUCUGUCAGGAAAGUUUGAAGAACUUGAAGUUAGUGCUUUUGAGAAAUUAAUGAGCAUAAAUUACCUGGGCAGCGUGUACCCCAGCAGGGCAGUGAUCACCACCAUGAAGGAGCGACGGGUGGGCAGAAUCGUGUUCGUGUCCUCUCAGGCAGGACAGUUGGGGCUGUUCGGUUUCACAGCCUAUUCUUCAUCCAAGUUUGCCAUAAGAGGAUUGGCAGAAGCUCUGCAGAUGGAGGUGAAGCCUUAUAAUGUGUAUGUCACUGUGGCCUACCCACCGGACACUGACACCCCAGGGCUGGCAAAAGAAAACAAAACGAAGCCCCUGGAGACGCGACUUAUUUCAGAGACGACAUCUAUUUGCAAACCAGAGCAGGUGGCCAAACAAAUUGUCAAAGAUGCCAUACAAGGAAAUUUUAAUAGUUCCAUUGGCUCAGAUGGGUACAUGCUGUCCUCCCUGACCUGUGGGAUGGCCCCAGUGACUUCCAUCACUGAAGGACUCCAGCAGGUGGUCACCAUGGGCCUUUUCCGAAUCAUUGCUUUGUUUUACCUUGGAAGUUUUGAUAAUAUAGUUCGCCGCUGCAUGGUAAAGAAAGCAAAACCCGAAACUGUAGACAAAACUGCCUAAUUCUUGCCCCUUGGACAAAAGACUAUAUCCAGUGAUUUGAACAGCUUGCUGCUAAUGGAACUCGAUUUUCGGCCUUGGACUUUGUGUCUUGUUUUUUGAACGUGUGAGAUUGGACCCAAUACUCUUCAGAAAUCUGGCUGCAAGUGAAGGGACAGAGUUCAUUCGUCUCUACAAUAUUACUGUUAACACUAUGCAAAUAUGGACCAGGACACCAUUUGGUUUUUCUGGGUUUUGAGGCAAAGUGGUGAUCGUCUAAGAACAAGUAACAGGAGAACAGGGUAAAGAAUAGACUUCCAGAAUGGUAAAUUCAAUUUUUUCGUUUAUCCCCCUCUUGCCCACUGCGAUCAAGAAAUGUAUUUUGUGACACAUUAAGAACUUUUGGGGGUUUCUUUUGAUUUUUGGUUUUAAUUUCUCAUGAAAGAUGGUAUCUGGGUUUUUAUUGUUUUUGUUUUUUUUUUUACUUUUUUCAUUAUAUGUUAUUUAAGGUGUGUCUUCCACAUAGCUGGAGAGUCUGGCUGUCAGCUUCUCUGCUGUGCUUGGGACCCACUUCUGCUAGUGAAGCUGACUUCUCUCUCUUUGAUCCCGGAAGAUACCAGGGGGAUGAGUGAGCAGUGCAGAGGAGGUGAGGGGCUGAGUCCUUUGCACAGGCAAAUGGGGCUUUCUUGUCUUCUUAAGACCAAUGUUUAGAACAUUUUCAUUUUUAUUCAUGGGGAAAGGCAGCCUCUUUACAUGUUUUCUGAAUAGAAAUAAAAUCUCACAGAAGCUUAAAAGUUUACAGUUUCUUCAAUAGCCAUGAUGACCUGAAGUUCACAGUUCUUUUCCAGCUCAGUCUCUGUGUUCUUCCCACAUCUCUUCCUGCUUAUUCUUCUGUAAUAUUUUUUGUAAAAAACAAAAACAAAAAGGAUAAGAAAAAGAUGGAGACAAGUGCAGAUUUUUUGACCUUUUAAAUUCAUGAAUUCAUUAAAACAAAAAAUUAAAAGCAUGGCAUUCUUCUAUUUUUGGUUGUGAGCCUAGCCUUUCAUGGCUAAGCCAUCUCUCCAGUCCAAAUUCUUAUCCUCACAGCAUACAUGUAGCUUUCGGGAAGGCGCUGGUUGCAUAUUUUUCAUUCUGGUUACUUGUAAAAGAUGAUGGAUUUUGAAGACCCUCUUCCUGAAAGUAAGAUGUCCAGCUGCUCUGUCUCACACUGACUCUGAGCAGUAUCUUCAGUGUGUUAAGGAGACCUCCGGCCCUCUAACUGCAGCCUGUGCUCAUGGCUUUGGGUGGGGGGUCUGCCAUUCAUUGAGUGAUUCUGUGUCAAGUGCCUAUGAUGAGUCUAGCCUGUAUCCCCACUCAUUGUGUUCACUGUGCAGCUCAAGGACAGUUAUCUCUGUCUGGAUGUUUUGCCCUGUUCUCCUUGUAUUUACAAAGUAGUGCAUCCCAGUCCAUUCCACUGGGAAAAUACCUCUGCUUUCAAAGAAAAAAAAAUUUAUAACUGUUAAAAAAAAUACAUAAAAGAAAAAACAACAAAGAAAGCUAUUGAAAACCUAGACCUUAUUGCCAUAACAAACACUUGGUUUUUGCUUUUCUCUCUUUCCUUUCUUUCUUCCUUUUUUUUUUUUUUUUUUUUUUUGGCCUGGUCCCCUGCCCAGCCACCAGAAUGCUAACACUAUAGCCUUGCACCAUCAUAGCCAGUGACCUAUGCUUUUUUUUUCUCUUUGAAUUUUUCAAGCUCUUGAGUUUAUGGUGGCUUAGUUUUAAUUAAUAAGGCAUUUAGUGGCUCCAUCUUUAUCAAGACCUGAGAAAAACAUAUUUUAAAUAUAAUUACAGAGACUUUAUUAUGUGCAUUGCUUGUCAUAACUUCAUUCUGUGGAGAGGAAUAGGUAGACAGUGCCAGAAUAAUUUCAGGACCCCUCCAGUCUGAUCUAGCCAAAGUUCACAACUUAUGUCACAUUGGACAGUUGCUGGGGUGGAGCAGUGGGGAUAGGUUCCCAAUUCACAGGAAACAAACACAUCCCUAUGUGGACAGUGUCCAAUUUUAUUUUCUUAGAAGUAUUCCCAGACAGUUCGUACUUUCUACUAUUAUCUGCUAAAAUCUAGUCCAAUGUGGAGCCUGACAGAGUACAAUUAACUUUUUUCAUUAUCCCGUUUUCAGACAGUCCUCAGGUAGAGAAUGGCUAUGUGGAUAAUGCCGGAAAUAAAUUGAAAAGCCUUGUUUCAUGGUGGGAGAUGCUAACCCUAUCCCAGUGUAAACUCAGGUUUGCAGACCAUGAUGCCACGGCAUAAGUCUUUUUGUGCAAGAUGUUAGUAGAGGCCCCAACAUCCUCACUCACAAAAGCUCGGAAUGUGCUUUAUUUGUUUCUUCUAAAGUUGAUACCAUCAUUCAUUUGUCUCAUAAGAACUUGAACUUAUGAGAGGAUUGUAGUUUUUAUCCAUGUCAUAUCAGCAUCAUGUGCCUGUUUGUUAACUUUACCAGACUCCAUGCAAAUAUCGUGGGUAUCAGUAUGCUUUGAAAAGUCCAACAGACAUUGAACUUUGAAAUGUGCGUUUGGAAUGCAACAUUAAAGCAGUGUCCCACAAAACUGUGAUUUCAUUCGAGAUGUGGAAAUGCUACAUUUUUUCUGCUCAGGAAAAGAAUGGUUUGGCAGGGGACAGUCCAAUUGUGUUAGGGAAAUUAUCUGCUUUUUUUUUUUUUUUUCUUUAGAGUUAACCACGUGUCAUUUUUUACUGAAUGUUAAGGCAGAGUCCCACCACUGAGUUACUAAACCCAGCCCUAGGUUUACAGGUCUGCUGUAGUGUUUCCUCUGAGUGACCAAGAGCUUGUGGGGUUUCAGUUCUGAAUGCCUGCUCUGCUGGCUUGGGUUGUAUUAUUUUAUUGUAAUGCAUCCUGAAAGUUAAUGUCACUCUGCUAUGUAAAUUCCAACAUUAAUUUAGGGACCCUUCAUAAUUGACAAUGAAUAGGAAACAAUCUCCACUUAUUUAUUUAAAAAAAAGAAAAGAAAAAGAGUCAGGGACCAGGGAAGUGAUGGAGUGGGAGAACACUUAUGUGCAGGCCUAGGUUUGAUUCCUCUUAGUUAUUCCUUCCUAUAAUUUUACAAUUUAAUAAUUUAUACAGUUGAUUAUUUAGAAUGUUGUGAUCUCUUUCCGCUAAUAUAAUUUAGUGGUAUAUAUUUUUCUGGAUCUGUUAAAUCAGAUAUUGAUUCCUGAAAGCAAAACUUGUAGAUGACUUUCUGGUAGUUAGAAGAUGAGGCCAUUUCUGUAACGGUUGCUUCAAUUCAAACAGUUGUACGCAUUUGUUUCAGUGAAUUACAUCCGUCAACAUAUUUAAAUUUAUUAUAUUGUGUUCUAAUUGAAAGAUGUCUCACUCAAGGCCACAAUUAAUACCCAUAUGUUUUGCUAGAAGAUGUGUUGUGUCUCUUAUUUCCCUUAAUCCUUAGGACCCCAGCUUUCAUAAGUUCCUGCUGAUUGCCACCCUUCAGUUCUGAACCAAAUCCUGCUGUUCUAAUGGAGGGUUGUGGGUUUGAUAUUUUGAAAAGGAGAGAGUUGCCAUUAUAUUUUAUACUUGUUUAAGGUGAGAACUCUUAAGACAUUUUUACAUUGACAAAGAACACAUGGCUAUUUUGAUACAUUUUAGGAAUGGGUUGCUGCUCUAGAAGCUUUUGUGGCAUUACUGUAAAAGAAUUUUCAUAUCUUGUAUUUCUGAAUUAUACCCACAAAAUAAAUGGGGAACAAGCUUUACUGAUCUGAGAAUUUAUUUUUCUAGAAAUUUGUCUUUUUCAAGAUACUACUUAGUCAAAAUAUUAAAGUCUUUUAUAGUGUUGUUUCUACUGGGAUUCCUAAGCAUUUCAUAAAGCCUGAUUCUUAUUAUUUUUAGGAAAUACUGUUACAAUAUAUACUUAGGAGUCUGAACAUUUAUUUCAAUUGUGCUCUGUUUGUGGGAGUAAAACCUUAAGAAAUAAGGAAUUUAACUUUUUGAGCAGUUACAUUUCAUAUAUAAAUAGAUAUUUUUUAUCUGCUUAUGCUGUGAACUAAGCUGGGACAGUUAGUAAACAGUGACAUGGCACCAGCUGUAAGUAGAAGCGUUUACUCACACUGAGGACAGUCUUUGAACAUCUUGUGAGUUGUAGGUUAUCCUUCAAUUCUUUUCCUUGCUCUUAGAGGGAAAUGUGCAACUGUUUCACCAGUCUAUAUAAAAUUAGUUGUAAGAUUUUCAUAGAUUACAUUUCUUAGGUUGACAAUAUCUCCUUUCCUGUUUGCUGAGGGUUCUUCCAUAUUUUUAUUAGUAGGUAUCUGUUAAAUUAUAUUAUAUAUUUUCUGCAUCUAUAUGUUUGUUAUAUGAUUUUAUUGUUUAUACUUUUAAAUUACUUUUAUUUGUUGUACACAAUGAUGAGUUUUAUAAAGACAUUUCAUUAAGUAUAUCAUUUUUUGGGCAUCCUGAAUUGCAAUCUGAACUUUCCUUUAAAUUUGAGAAAUUUUAUUCAAAUGGCAUAUGAUAUCACUUCUAUAAAUUGUACGUUUGGAUGUUUAAAAGAAAAGUUAUUUCUUGAUUUCCAUUUCACUAAUGAUUUUAUGUAAAGCCCCAUUUUUUCCUUAUUUUGCAUAUAUUGGUUGAAUUCCAAUGAUGAGCCUGCUUGAAAAGAAACACAAACUGUA